AUGUUCUGCAAUCUAGAUAAUCCGCCUCACCUAUUUGUAUCCAGAAGCAUCAACCAGGUGCACAAUGAUUUUUGGCCUCUUUACUUCGAUUGGAUUAUUCUCUAUGAUUUGUAUACUAGAGCUUAUGAAGGCCAUGUUCAGGCAUGUGCUAAUGCAAAGUACUAUGGAAACGCUGAAACUUACAAUAUAUUGAAGGGUAGAGGAGCCAAAGUUCCGAAAACUAGAAAGACCCCAAUGACUGUUGCAAACCCUAGAGAAGUUCCAAAGUACGAACUCAAUCCCCUAGAGCUUUAA